GAGCCAUUGGAUCGGUUAUAAGGCGACGGACCGCUCAUUUCCUCGAUACAAAAAGUUCGGCCCCGCGAGCCAUCUUCUUCAUUCGUGCAUUCUGCGUUUCCUGAAAGUUGAAUCGAGGAGUGACUGAUCGGAGAACAUGAGCAACUCCAUCGGCCAUAAUUUACUUCACCAUCAGAGUUUGCGUCGGCCUACUGCUCCAGAGCAUCAAGUUCUAUUCAAUUCUUCUGGAAUCACUGCGAGCGGUUCGAUUCAAGCUCAAACAGCGAAGCAAACUCGGAAGUUACCCAUAUCCACCAAAUUUUGGGGAAACAAUUUAAAUGCGCCGAAAGCAAAAUUACCGACGGGAACAAGUCGCCCGAAUUUUGUCAGUCCUCAGGCCGUAUUAGCCAUGGAUCCGGCACCACAGCUUGCAGGGAAAUUCAACCUUGAUGAAAAUAGAGAAUUGCGGGUUGAUGUUAGUCCUUCGACUCCAGGCUCUAUUUCACAAGUAGAUAUUCAGGUCACUAAUAGUAGUGGCCGUUUGCUUCUGCACUGGGGUGGGAUACAUGAUAAAAAAGAGAACUGGGUGAUCCCUUCUCGACGCCCAGAUGGAACCAUUGUAUACAAGAACAAAGCUCUUAGAACUCCCUUUGUCAAGGCUGGCAGCAAUUCCUUCUUGAAAAUAGAGAUUGAUGAUCCUGCAAUGCAAGCUAUAGAGUUUCUCAUACUUGAUGAAGCACAGAAUAAAUGGUUUAAAAAUAAGGGUGAGAACUUCCAUGUUAAGUUGCCAAAGAAAGAGAAGCAGGCUUUGAGUGCUGAAGUUCCCGAAGAUCUUGUACAAAUCCAAGCAUAUUUAAGGUGGGAAAGAAAAGGCAAGCAGAUGUAUACUCCAGAACAAGAGAAGAAGGAAUAUGAAGCAGCUCGAACUGAGCUCUUGGAGGAAGUUGCUAGAGGUACUUCCAUACAGGAUCUUCGAGCAAGGCUAGCAAACAAAAAUGAGAAAAGUGAAAUAAAAGAACCGCUUCUUUCUGAAAGCAAGAGCAGGGUGUCUGAUGAUCUGGUUCAAAUACAAGCUUAUAUACGAUGGGAGAAAGCAGGGAAACCCAACUAUUCUCCUGAACAACAACUUAGGGAAUUUGAGGAGGCCAGAAAAGAGUUGCAAAUUGAAUUGGAUAAGGGCACUUCUCUUGAUGAAAUUCGGAAGAAGAUUACCAAAGGGGAGAUAAAAACCAAAGUUACAAAGCAAUUGCAAAGUAAAACAUACUUUACUGUUCAAAGGAUUCAGCGCAAGAAGAGGGACUUCAUGCAGCUUAUCAGUAAGUAUGCUGCUGAACCCAUUGGGAAAAAUAUUUCAAUUAAACCAAAAGCCUUGUCAGAAGUGGAGCAUUUUGCCAAGGAAAGGGAAGAACAAGAGGGUGGUCCUAUUUUGAACAAGAAAAUCUUCAAGCUUUCUGAUAAAGAACUUCUGGUACUUGUAUCCAAGCCUGCUGGUAAGACAAAAGUUCAUCUGGCAACUGAUCUUAAAGAGGCAGUUACCCUUCACUGGGCAUUAUCAAAAAAAGCUGGAGAGUGGCUGGCACCACCUGCAAGCAAACUGCCUGUGGGUUCAGUUUCUCUAGAUGGAGCAGUUGACACACAAUUUGCUAGUACAUCUUCUGUUAAUCCUCCAUACCGGGUCCAAUCCUUAGAAAUAGAGAUUGAAGAGGAUGAUUUUGUUGGGAUGCCAUUUGUCCUUGUUUCUGGUGAAAAAUGGAUAAAGAACAAGGGCUCAGACUUUUAUAUUGAAUUUGCUGGAGGAUCCAAGCGGGUCCCAAAGGAUGCUGGUGAUGGCAAAGGGACUGCUAAGGCUCUGUUGGACAGAAUAGCUCAGAUGGAAAGUGAAGCACAGAAGUCCUUUAUGCAUCGCUUUAAUAUUGCAGCAGACUUGCUAGAGCAAGCCAAAGAUUCUGGAUUAUUGGGUUUUGCUGGGAUUCUGGUGUGGAUGAGGUUUAUGGCUACAAGGCAGCUCAUAUGGAAUAAAAACUACAAUGUGAAACCACGUGAGAUAAGUAAAGCUCAGGAUAGGCUUACGGACUUGCUCCAGAAUAUUUACAUAAGUGAUCCACAUUAUCGAGAACUUUUGAGGAUGAUAAUGUCUACUGUUGGUCGUGGAGGUGAAGGGGAUGUGGGACAACGGAUUCGGGAUGAAAUCCUGGUUAUACAAAGAAAUAAUGAUUGCAAGGGUGGAAUGAUGGAGGAAUGGCAUCAGAAGCUACACAAUAACACCAGUCCUGAUGAUAUUGUAAUCUGUCAGGCAUUAAUUGAUUAUAUUAAGAGUGACUUUGACAUCAGUAUUUACUGGAAAACCCUGAAAGCAAAUGGAAUAACAAAAGAACGCCUUCUCAGUUAUGAUCGUGCUAUACAUUCUGAACCAAAUUUUAGGAGAGAGCAGAAGGAUGGCCUUUUGCGAGAUCUUGGAAAUUACAUGAGAACUUUGAAGGCAGUCCAUUCAGGUGCAGAUCUUGAAUCUGCUAUUUCAAAUUGCAUGGGUUAUCGAGCUGAGGGCCAAGGUUUCAUGGUUGGAGUGCAGAUAAAUCCUAUAUCAGGCCUUCCAUCUGGAUUUCCUGAACUUCUACAGUUUGUUCUAGAACAUGUUGAAGAUAAAAAUGUAGAAGCCCUUCUUGAGGGUUUGCUAGAGGCUCGUGAAGAGCUUCAACCAUUGCUUUUCAAAAAUAAUGAUCGGUUGAAGGAUCUUUUAUUUUUAGACCUUGCUCUUGAUUCUACUGUUAGGACAGCCAUUGAAAGGGGAUAUGAGGAGCUGAAUAAUGCUGGGCCAGAGAAAAUUAUGCACUUCAUCGCGCUGGUUCUUGAAAAUCUUGCACUUUCAUCAGAUGAUAAUGAGGAUUUCAUCUAUUGCUUAAAGGGAUGGAAUCACACGUUAGGCAUGUCAAAAAGUAGAGAUGAUCAUUGGGCAUUGUAUGCAAAGUCAGUUCUUGACAGGACCCGUCUUGCACUAGCAAGCAAGGCAGAGUGGUACCACCAAAUUUUGCAACCAUCUGCAGAGCACCUUGGGUUGCAGCUUGGAGUGGAUCAAUGGGCUGUGAACAUAUUCACUGAAGAAAUUAUUCGUGCUGGAUCAGCUGCAUCUUUGUCCUCUCUUCUUAAUCGACUUGAUCCUGUUCUUCGCCAGACUGCUAAUCUGGGAAGUUGGCAGGUUAUCAGCCCAGUUGAAGCUACUGGAUACGUUGUUGUUGUAGAUGAGUUGCUUGCCGUUCAAAAUGAAUCUUACAAAAGGCCUACAGUUUUGGUUGCAAAAUGUGUAAAAGGAGAGGAAGAAAUUCCAGACGGUACAGUUGCUGUUCUGACGCCUGACAUGCCAGAUGUAUUGUCUCAUGUUUCUGUGCGAGCAAGAAAUGGCAAGGUUUGCUUUGCUACAUGCUUUGAUUCUAAUGUUCUGGCUGACCUUCAAGCAAAUGAGGGGAAGUUGUUGCACAUAAAACCUACAUCUGCAGAUAUAGUUUAUAGCGAGGUAGAGGAUGGUGAGCUAACAAUUGCAAAUUCAACCAACGUGAAUAAAGAUAGUUCUCUCCCACCUUUAACUUUAGUCAAAAAGCAGUUUGGUGGUAGAUAUGCUAUAUCAUCUGAAGAGUUUACAAAUGAACUGGUUGGAGCUAAAUCACGUAAUAUAUCAUAUCUGAAGGGAAAAGUACCAUCUUGGGUUGGGAUUCCUACUUCAGUUGCCCUACCGUUUGGAGUUUUUGAGAAGGUUCUUUCCCAUGGUUCAAAUCAGGCUGUCGCUAAAAAGGUGAACAUACUGAAGAGAAAGCUAGGGAAAGAAGAGUUUAGUGCACUUGGGGAAAUCCGUGAAGCAGUUCUACAGCUUGCAGCACCACCCCAGUUGGUGCAAGAGCUGAAGAGCAAGAUGCUAAGUUCUGGAAUGCCUUGGCCUGGUGAUGAAAGUGAGCAGCGAUGGGAACAAGCGUGGAUGGCUAUAAAGAAGGUCUGGGCUUCAAAGUGGAAUGAGAGAGCAUACUUUAGCACAAGAAAAGUUAAAUUAGAUCAUGAUUAUCUUUGCAUGGCAGUCUUAGUUCAGGAAAUAAUUAAUGCUGACUAUGCAUUUGUCAUCCACACUACGAAUCCAUCCUCUGGGGACUCAUCGGAGAUAUAUGCUGAGGUGGUGAACGGUCUUGGAGAAACUUUAGUUGGAGCUUAUCCAGGUCGUGCUAUGAGUUUCAUCUGCAAGAAAAAUGAUCUCAACUCUCCUCAGGUAUUGGGUUACCCAAGCAAGCCUAUUGGCCUUUUCAUAAGGCAGUCUAUUAUCUUCCGAUCUGAUUCCAAUGGUGAAGAUCUGGAAGGUUACGCUGGUGCAGGCCUUUAUGAUAGCGUACCAGUGGAUGAAGAAGAGAAAGUUGUACUCGACUAUUCAUCUGAUCCAUUAAUCGUCGAUGGUAACUUUCGACAAUCUAUCCUUUCCAGCAUUGCUCGUGCAGGAAGUGCCAUUGAAGAACUGUAUGGAUCUCCACAAGACAUUGAAGGUGUGGUCAGUGAUGGGAAAAUAUAUGUCGUCCAGACUAGACCACAGAUGUGAUUUCGAUUCUCUCCCUGUUGGGUUUUCAUAAAACGCAUAGAAAUGGGUAUUUCCAAAAGUGAGACGGUGAUAAACUUUGUUGUCGAUCACUAGAUCACUACCUUUAUUGUCCCUGCAACUGGGAGAUAUUGCUGCAUGGAAAUCACCCAAACGUCAGAUAUUUGCAGAUCUCUAUACCGGCCUGCAGGUGCGUGCAAGAUUAUGAGUUAAGAUGAUUGUAUUCCAGUACUGUUAUUCUGUAAGGUCAGCAGGCUCUGUUGUGGUUGGACCUUUUACUUAUAAAGAAUGGUCAAUCCAAUAAUAAAAUUUACAGGCAGUUUGCUGUUGUCUAAAAAAAAGAACUGUUGUAGUGCAAAUCUGAGAAAGCUGCUUACUCGAUUUCUUUAUUGCUCCUAAAUUGGGCAUAAAUUUUAAUUUUACAGGGCUAAAUCUAGUCUAAGGAUCUUCUAUUUCAUUCAAAGAGAAGGAAAGCUUGACUUGAAAUUCUCA